AUGCCACGCCUAGUUCGUCGGCAGCCGCUCAGAGAGCGUGUCAUGGCUGCAAUCAACCCCAUGGACUUUUUGCUCUGGCUCUCCGAAGAACUGGAAACAAGGGAUUGGGAUUCAGAUUCGGUUGGGACACAAAUGGGCCUUGCCAUGAACUUCGUCUAUCCGAUGGUAUGGGCCCUCAUAGCUUUCUCUUUCACCAAUGCCUUCUACACGAUUACCCGAACGCGCAAGUACCGACUCUUUCUGGCCAAGGUCGACAAGCCGCUUUCGACGCCGUCUGCGCGACGUGUGAAGGUGAACCAAUCGAGCGUAUCGCCUUCGACGCCCCUGGGCUAUCUCGCGAAUCUGAUAACACCAGAAUCUGCCGAGUCGCGAGCCCACCCUGACAAGACAUCAGAUGUUUGGGAAUUGUCAGUAUGGGAUCCUCUGCCAGUGUCCUUGCGCCUGUCUUGUCUCUUUGGCCCUGGCCAUGUUUUGGUGUACAUGAUCUUCCUUCCUUUAGCUCCUCUCGAUCCCCGACCAAGUGUGACGGUUCUGAAUACACUCAUUCUGCAGGCCCUCAUUUCUGCUCAGCUUCUCUUCUUCUGUUCUCGAUUUGCGCAACAAGCAAAGGAUAAGACCGUGAUUCAGGAGCAAGUGAUGAAAGAGUACGAUACCAAGUUUGUCCACCCCCGUCUUCACCCUACGGUCCGCGAUAUCGGCACACAGUUCUCAACGGACCAGCCCGACGACUAUCAAGAAUUUGUGCAGACUGGGACCCCUACAGUUCAGAUCCGUCAUGGUUUCCAGGUCCACUCUAACCCAUAUACCGGAACGGGUCAUACCCCUGAAGAACGAUCCCUCACUCCAACCUCCAACAACACAAUGAAACCUCACAUAUUCACGCCUCCCACAGCAACUCGACGCUCGGAAGCUUUUAGACCCGCUACCAGCCAGAGAGGCACCGUACCUCGCCAUAGUUUGCCUGCAAGCUAUACAUCAACUGGGACAUCUUCAGGAGUUCAGGGAAUGAACUUUGGCGGAAACAUGGGCAUCCACACCCAUAACAAGUCACCCCUCAAGAAGGCCACCAGUCUUAAUGAGCUCAAUUCCCAGGAAGCAGCAUCUCCGCGGAAUUCUCGAGAAAUGGCAGCCUACGAGCAACGAAACUGGGGGGCAACAACGCCAUCGAAAAAGCUCGAGAGUCGACGUCUGACAGGUUCAAGACCUAAUGGAGGCGGCAACCCCUUUGCUGGGUUGGGUCGGCAACAAGCGCCCUCGGAUAAUCGUCAUCCACGAUGGUAG